AUGCAAGACAUUUAUCUAGAAUUACUUAAAAAAUUGAAUGAUUAUGAUCAAUCGUUAGAUAUAUUACAAUCUAAUUUUAAAGAUGGAAUGUACCAUUUGAGUAGAGCCAAUUAUCAUAACAAAGAUAGUUUAAGAGGGAAUUAUGGUGAAGAUUAUUGGGAUAAUACAUAUGAAGGGCAUUUCACUGUCAAUAUCGAUUCUAAAACAAAUCAUAUAAGUAUUGCAAAAAAACCUUUACCAAAAGAUAAUAAUGAAAUAAUUGAUCAAAAUGAAGAAGAAAAGUCUGCUCUUGAUGAAAGAGAUCAAAAGAUACGAAACAGAAAUAUAAAAAAGAAAGAUACAAACAAAAAAAGUAAGAAAGAAGGAAAUAAAAUAAAUGAAAAGCAAAGUAAUAAAGAGGAAGUUAAUCAUGAGAAGAAAGAGGAUAAUUAUAAUAAGAAAGAGAUUAUGUCGGGCAUAAAUAAAAAAACGCAAGAAAAAAUACAUAAGGAUACGAUAUAUAUGUUUGGUGGAUUGAAUAUACCCCAAUCAUUAAGAUCAUGUCAAACAUCUUUCAAAAAUUCUAUUCCAACACUAGAACAAUUAGUCAACUCCAGAAUUGAAAUAGCAAAGAUAUGCAAUGAAUUGGAAACUAUAGAAAUAAAGAAUCAUGGUGAUAAAUAA